CCAAAGGUUUAGCUAAUUCUCAGCCAGACUUAAACAAUCAACCGAUGCUCCCUUCCCGCCAUCUCCGCGCCGCCGCGCGGCAGAGAAGCCACCGCCCCCCAGCCGCCGGAGAGGCAUGUUCCGGAAAGAUCGACGCAGAUGUGAUCCGGCGCAACAAGUCCAUCACCGCCCACAUGCGGGCCGGGCGCGUCGGCGAGGCCGAGCGCCUAUUCGACGCCAUGCCCCUCCGCUCCACCUCCACCUACAACGCCAUGCUCGCCGGAUACGCCUCCAACGGACGCCUCCCUGUCGCGCUGUCCCUCUUCCGCUCCAUCCCACGGCCGGACACCUUCUCCUACAACACCCUGCUCCAUGCGCUGGCGAUCUCGUCGUCCCUCACUGACGCCCGUAGCCUGUUCGACGAAAUGCCCGUGAAGGACUCGGUGUCAUACAACGUCAUGAUCUCCUCUCACGCAAACCACGGGCUUGUAUCUCUUGCGCGGAAGUACUUUGAUCUCGCCCCGGAGAAGGAUGCCGUCUCAUGGAAUGGCAUGCUUGCCGCUUAUGUCAGGAAUGGACGGAUUCAAGAAGCAAUGGAGUUGUUUAAUUCAAGGACGGAGUGGGAUGCCAUUUCCUGGAACGCCUUGAUGGCUGGGUAUGUUCAGUUGGGCCGGAUGGCAGAAGCGCAGGAGCUUUUUGACAGGAUGCCGCAAAGAGAUGUUGUUUCUUGGAAUACUAUGGUGUCAGGUUAUGCGAGGGGAGGGGAUAUGGUGGAGGCUAGAAGGCUGUUCGACAUGGCACCCGCGCGGGACGUAUUCACAUGGACGGCAGUAGUGUCUGGGUAUGCACAAAAUGGAAUGCUGGAGGAUGCCCAGAUGGUGUUUGAUGCCAUGCCAGAGAGGAACGCUGUGUCGUGGAAUGCAAUGGUGGCAGCAUAUGUCCAGCGGAGGAUGAUGGAGAAAGCAAAGGAACUGUUUGACAUGAUGCCCAGCAGGAAUGUGGCGUCAUGGAACACAAUGUUGACAGGGUAUGCUCAGGCAGGGAUGCUGGAUGAGGCAAGGGCAGUUUUUGACAUGAUGCCUCAGAAAGAUGCAGUCUCCUGGGCUGCAAUGUUGGCUGCAUAUGCACAAGGUGGUUUUAGUGAGGAAACCCUGCAGCUGUUCAUCCAAAUGGGGCGGUGCGGUGAGUGGGUCAAUAGGUCCGCAUUCGCUUGUUUGUUGAGCACGUGUGCUGACAUUGCUGCACUUGAGUGUGGAAUGCAGCUGCAUGGGAGGUUGAUUAAAGCUGGAUAUGGGCUGGGAAGGUUUGUUGGGAAUGCACUUUUAGCUAUGUACUUCAAAUGUGGGAACAUGGAGGAUGCUCGCAAUGCAUUUGAGGAGAUGGAGGAGAGGGAUACAGUUUCAUGGAAUACUGCGAUUGCGGGUUAUGCACGUCAUGGUUUUGGCAAGGAGGCACUUGAGGUGUUUGAUAUGAUGAGGAUGACAUCCACCAAGCCAGAUGAUAUUACUCUAGUUGGAGUGCUUGCGGCUUGUAGUCAUUCUGGCUUGGUUGAGAAAGGGAUUUCGUACUUUUAUUCGAUGCACUGCGAUUUUGGUGUGGCAGCAAAACCUGAACAUUACACUUGUAUGAUAGACCUUCUUGGACGGGCUGGACGAUUGGAUGAAGCAGAGGGCCUUAUGAAGGACAUGCCAUUUGAACCAGACGCUACUAUGUGGGGUGCAUUGCUUGGUGCAAGUAGGAUUCACCGCAAUCCUGAACUAGGCAGGACUGCAGCUGAGAAAAUAUUCGAGUUGGAGCCUGAAAAUGGCGGCAUGUAUGUCUUGCUUUCAAAUAUAUAUGCAUCUUCUGGUAAAUGGCGUGAUGUGGGGAAGAUGAGAGUUAUGAUGGAGGAGCGCGGUGUGAAAAAGGUGCCUGGAUUCAGCUGGAUGGAAGUGCAGAACAAAGUACACACUUUCUCAGUUGGUGACUGUGUGCACCCUGAGAAGGAAAAGAUAUAUGCUUUCCUGAAAGACCUUGACAUGAGGAUGAAGAAAGCUGGCUAUGUAUCAGCUACAGAAAUGGUUUUGCAUGAUGUGGAGGACGAAGAGAAGGAGAACAUGCUAAAGUAUCACAGCGAGAAGCUUGCUGUUGCUUAUGGUAUUCUAAACAUCCCUCUUGGGAGGCCUAUCCGAGUAAUAAAAAACCUAAGAGUAUGCGGAGAUUGUCACAAUGCUUUCAAGUAUAUCUCUGCAAUCGAGGGCAGGCUGAUCAUACUGCGGGAUUCUAACCGCUUUCACCACUUUAGAGAUGGUUCUUGUUCAUGUGGUGAUUACUGGUGACAUCUUAGUAGAAUCUAAUGUGAAAUAUUCCUGAUGGACACUGAAGUUGAGAGGACAAAACAAUGAUUAUGCAAUGCAGGGUGCAGACAGAAAUUAGAAGGCAUUCUGAUGACUGGAUCUGGCCAUCCAGACACUAGGCCCACUGCUGCAGUACUGCUUGAAAGAAUAUGUUUGUUUGUGAUCGCCACAUUUUGGGUUCCCAAUUUACUCGUGAAUGCUGAAAUGGGAGGGGGGAGUAUUUACAAAGUGUACAUUCCAUAUGAUUCUAUCUCAUGCGAUCAAAAUUUGAUCAGCAGUAAUCUGUGGAACUACUGAAGUACUGCUUGAAACAAUAUGUUUGUUGGUGAUUGCAACAUUUUGGGCUCGAUGGGAGGGUGGGAGAAUCUGCAAAGAGUACACUUCCUAUCACAUGUGAUGGAAGCCUUAGUGAGCAGUAUUUUGUGGACAGUCCUGCACCGAACUCGGUGGAGGCCAUUGAUGGCGUUGGCCGAUUCAUUUGGCGUUGAACUAAGUCAGGGCUCUAUUCGGUCAGCUCGGCUUAUCAGAAUCUUUUUGCCAGCAAGGUCGAUGUUUGGAAGCCAAUCUGUGAAUCCUGGGCACCUUUUAAGUGCAUAUUUCUUCACAUGGUUAGCGGCGCAAAACCGGUGUUAGAUGGCAGACCGUUUUGUGAAGCGAGGGCCAGAUCAUCCUGCGGUUUGCCCUCUUCAUGGCCAGGACAAAGAAUCAAUCUCACAGUUGUCAGAAUGCGGUUUCGCCGACUGGUCUGGCACUCAGAUCUGGCUCGAUAUGGUCUUCACUCUUCAGGUCAUUACUCCCAGCCUGAUGAUCAGUUUCUUAACUGGUUUCAGGGCGCAAACUGCAUGGAGAUUUGCUGCACAGCCACAAGACCGACCGAUGGCUCCUAGGCGUGGACCUUUGUUGUAGGUUUAGUUCUGUUCUAAUGGCUUCUAGUUUCUUAGGGUUUUUAUUUGUUUGUUUUGCUGUCGGGCCUAGGUGCCUGUGUUGUAGGUUUAGUUCUGUUCUAAUGGCCUCUAGUUUCUUAGGUUUUUUCUUUGUUUGUUUUGCUGACGGGCCUAGGAGUUUUUGUUUCUGUUUUUUUGCUCUUAUUCUGUCUCGAUGUACUUUUGUUUUCUUGAUGCCUUCUUUCUAAUGAAAAACUGUCCACAGUCAGUUGUGUGUUUCUGGAAGAA